AUGGGUAUCAGUGAAAUCGUCGCCGAUGAGUCGCUUUUACCAGUGCUUCAGACUAGCGCUGAGACUCUGGUCCAGUGCCAGCACCUCCUCACCAUAUUAAAUCCCGAUACUCUGCCCAAUGAUAGCGCCGAGCUCCGAGAAUUAUCCUUAGCGGUAUCCAAGCAACAAAAACGCCUAUUCGCACUAUUGGCCCAACUCCGUGGCCAAAAUCGAGAUGCCAUCUUUCGCGUGCGUGACACGAAGCAAUCAACUGCAGAAGCUCGACAAGAAAUUGACCGGCUACAUCUUCAACUUCAGAACUUGUACUAUGAACAGAAGCAUCUGACUGGCGAAAUUGCCGCUUGCGAGGCCUAUGAUCACAAAUAUUUAUCCCUCCCUUUGAUCCCGGUCGAAGAAUUCUUGGAGCUCCACCCCGAACAUCGUGAAUCUAGCGAGCAUGACCUCAUGAUCGCCCGCAUCGAACAUGAGCAUGCUGAACGAGAGAAGCUGGAACAAGCGCGGCAAGAGCUUCUGAAGCGCAAGCAGGGCUUGAUCGCAGAGAAUAAGAAAAGGAAGAACGACCUUGCCAACCUCGACCAAGAUCUCGAAAAGUUCAUUGAUAGCACAAAGCAUGUCCCGACUAUGACGAUCAAAACAGGAGACCAGGAGUCUCCUCAGGCUUCGGCCUCUCAAGUCGACCAACCCAGCGUCCAGCGCGCUCCACCCCCAGAAACCCCGGCCGCCCUCCAAACGCGAUUUCGAGUGAUAGCAGCCUUUUGGGCUGUAAUUAUAUUCCUUGGAUUUCCGAUAUGGUGGAAGACAACAUCGAUCUACCGGGCAUCUCUCCCCAUUGAGGAAAUGGUGGAUUGGGCUGAUGGCAAGGCGUGCCGACCAGUGUUCCCUUUGGAAAUUCACCUUGCGACACCUUCAAUGCAAUACUUUGAGGCCCAGCACCUCCUCCGUACGACACAACAUACUCUCGAUGAUCUCAACGAGUUCGCAGCACAUCACCUUCGACUUAAGUUGACCAACGGCACCACGGCGGUUCAUAAUGGCGAAGAUAGCUUGGAAAAUGCCACUCCCGCGGAAGAGACAGCGGAUAUUGCAUUGACCGUCCGAUUAUUGCCUCGGGAUGACCUAGCAAGCCCUCGGUCAGAGCUCCAUGCAGCUACGACGCAGCUUGAUAUCUUCUACCCGCCGAGCCAGGUUCCCGUACCUUCCUCCUCCAAUUCCCCCCUAUCCACUUUCAUUGCAGCGGAGCUGCAGCGAUUGUAUGGCGAGGAAAAGGCUACUAUAGCCCACAUCUUGUCUGGAAAUACCGCUGGGCUUGACUCGACCUCACCACAACUCGCCGAAGAUAUCGACCGAAGAUUGCGCCGAUCGAUGAAGUAUGCUGAAACCUACCACCUCUCUUUUUCACUGUUCACCCCUAGAUCUGAACCUUCCUCGUGGGACAUUGAGGCUGCCGUGAAGGAAUAUGUCACCCCCCUCCUACAGGCAUUGUCUCCUAUCAGUAAUUUCACUGUCGACACCCAAGUACAGCUCUAUGCGAACUUUGCACCCACUGCGCCGAAGCCUGAGUAUGAUGAAUCUGAGGCGGCAUGGACACUGAAGAAAGAAGGUCUAAGUGCCUUCGUUAAUGCUGCUGAGUGGCCUCUGAACCCGAGUAUCGGCAAUGGCCCGACGAUCAAUUUCAUCCUCUAUGUCCCAGACCCUUCGCAGUCUCCGCUCAUUGUCAAGGAGAACCGUGCUUCAAGUUGGAUGGUUCCCCAAUGGGGCGGAGUUUUCCUCCUUAACCCGCCGCUUUCCAAUACCGAGCAGGGUGACCGGUCCAAUCCUUCCCAUCUCUCCCAGGACUCUUUAGGCCCUGCAUUCAUGACAUUUUCUCAUCAACUCCUCACCCUCCUUGGCACUCCAAGUACACCGGCCUCCCUCCCACUCCGUCUUCAGACAUCUAUCCGCAUUCGCGCGGCCACUUUGUUGCUCUCCGCCUCAUCAACAAUGGGCUCGCUUGCCCGUCUUACUGAGUCUUUGCCUUCUAUCCCUAUUCCAGCAACCGUGGCUACCUCGGUCUCUACCACUCUCUCUCAUCUGGCUGCCUCCUGUGCCCAUUUGCGAGAGGGUCGUUUUGGCGCCGCGCUUGCCAGCGCCAGAGUCGCGGAGACAGAAGCUGAGCGCAGCUUCUUCGAGAAGAGUAUGGUGGGUCAGGUAUAUUUCCCAGAUGAGCAUAAGGUGGCGGUUUAUCUGCCCCUUCUGGGACCGAUUGGUGUCCCUCUUGUUGUUGGGUUGCUCAAGGAGCUCAAGAGAAUUGCCGCUCGACGCAAGGCGACGGGGACAGCAUCGUAG